GUCCUUAUGUGUCGUCCGAGAGUUGGUUGAAAUGCUCUCCUGUCAACCAGGCAAGAAAUUCGGUGUCGUGACGGGCCUUCUCGAAGGAAUAGUUAUUCCUUGUGCUAUAGAGGAUGUCCUCACCGAUAGAGCGAAUUUAUGUUCAGAUUGA